AUGAAUGUAUCUAAAGGAUCUUAAAUGAGGUAUUCUUUCAUGUUAAUAUAUAUUAUAAACCAGUCCGAGAACUUGUUCGAGUCUUGACGAGGAAAACUUAAUACUUCGAGUCUAGUUUUAUAAAAAGCUCAUAUUGCAUAAAAGAAAUUGUAGACACUUUUUGAUCUUAGAACUCAGAAAACUAACAUUCAGUUGUGUUUUAAAGUCAAAAUGAAGAGGACAAAUGUAAAUGGACGCAGACUUUUUCAAUCCAUUACAUAACUGCCAUUGGCCAUAGUUUGACGUCGCAAACGAUUUCUUACUGGGAAAGACAACGAAAAGCGCUCCAGAGUAUCUAGAGUAUAUUACUCUAGCAGCAGACAUGUAUAGCCCUUUCCCAAAACAUUAGUUAUCCCCCUUGUCCGCUGCGAGCGCUGUUACCCAAACUACUUCCGGGAAGUGCGACGCCAUUACAAUAUGGAGGAAGACAAGGAGAAUCUGUACCUGACGGAUGACGAACUACACUCGUUAAAAGUGCCCGCAUUGAAGGGAUAUUUAAGAAAACAUGGACAGUACGUGACUGGCAACAAACCAGCAUUGGUUGACAGAGCAAAAGGUGUUAGAAAAGUAGGUUUGACCGAUGUCAAUUAUACAAAACACGAUGACGCCACCAAACACGAUGUUCGUCACCGUGAGAAAUUGACAACUCCGUUGGGUGAAAUCAUCCCAGAGCCAUCUUCGCUGAAGAAUUGGACUUCGGACGUUAGUGAGAUUCCCGAUUUUACGGACAGUGCUACCUAUGAUUAUCUUGUAUUGACCAUGAAAGCAACGAGACAAUUUCGCUCAAGAGUGUACUUUGAAGACAGACACUUGCAUUCCGUACAUUAUCAACCGGUGUCCGAGGAAUGCAGUCAUGGUAUAGUUCGAUGCAAAGUCAUCCCGUCUAUUCCAACGGUCAACAAGAAGGAAAACCCAGACCAUGAAGUUUGGAUAUGUUUAUCGAAAGUAUCUGGGAAAAUCCAUUCAGCAAAUUGCAAUUGUACUGCUGGCACUGGCGAGGCUUGCAACCACAUUUCAGCCUUAUUGUACGCCUUGGAGGACAUUACCAAGAAGAAAAAAGAUGGAACUUUAUCAUCAACAUCGCAAAAGUGCAAGUGGAACAACCCACGCAAGCGGAAACUUAGUCCCAAGAAAGUGCAGGAUAUGAAAUUCCAUCGACAUGUCAAGACCCAGGGAGACAUUUCUCCGUCACCCAUCUCAAAUGCAAGGGAAACAUCAUUCAAACCAACCUUGAAUGUUGAAAGGGUCAAGAAAAGACUGAUGGGUUCUCCAGUAAGUGCUAAUGCUGGAUGGUUGACAUUUUUCGGCGAGGGAUCUGAUGAACCAACAGAGGAAAUCCCAAAAUUACAUGAUGUUCCUUACCUGUAUCACGACCGUAUGGAUUUGAAAAGUGAGGAAUGCAAGAAAGAUUUUGAGGACAGAUUUACUGGAUUGAAAUUGACAGUGGAAAAUGCAGACAGAAUUGAAAAAUUCACAAAUGGACAAAGCCAAAAUGAUAUGUGGCAUGAAGCUCGCAGAGAACGCAUAACAUCAUCUAAUUUUGGUACAGUGUGCAAGUGUAAAGCUGACACAAAACCGGAAAGUACUUUAAGGAACAUUUUAGGUUACAGGGACUUCCAAAGUAAAUAUUGUGAUUGGGGAAUCAAACAUGAACCUGUUGCGCGAAGGAUGUAUGCAAAUGCUGUGAAGGGUGAUGGUUUGUGUAUCAAAACAUGUGGAUUGAUUGUUAAUCCAAAGUACCCCCACCUUGGAGCAAGUCCAGACGGGUUGGUAAACUCUACAAAAUGUGAUUGUGAUGAUUAUGGUGUGUUGGAGAUCAAAUGUCCAGCUUCAGAAAAGUGGAAAUUUAAGCACCCAUCUCAAUGUGCGUUGGAUCCAGAUUUUUUCUGCUACUUUGAUCAUUCCUGUGAUACAUUGAAAUUGAAACAAAGUCAUAGAUAUUACUACCAAGUGCAAGGACAGAUGCUGAUUACAAACAGAAAGUGGUGUGACUUCCUUGUCUGGACUCUGAAGGGAUGGACAGUGGAAAGGAUCCAAUAUGAUGAGCAGUUCUGUUUGAACAUGGUGUCUAAGCUUGCCAAGUUUUAUUUACAAAAUGUGAUACCAGAGAUUUUUUCUCAGCGUGUGAAAAGAGACUUGGCUCUGUACCCGUAGACAGUGACAUUAUACUGAAAUUCGUACCAUUCCCAGAUUUUGUCCUGGAUCCAUAAGCUAGUAUUGUGACACUGAACUUUGUAUGCAAAAUGUAUAAAAUUUUGCAAAAUGCCAUGGCUAUUAAAAGUGCACGUAUUGACAUUUGACAAUUAAGUUGCCUUUAUAAAUAGGUAUUUGCAUACAUUACAGUUUAAAAUGUUUUCAUGAAUAUACUGAUAUACCAGUCAUGAUCAGCAGUAGAAUUUUUAUCAAUGUAUAUAUAUAUGGGCAAGAUAUUUCCCAUAAGUGAUCAUGAUCUCAUUACUGAAACAAUUUUCUUCUUGUUCUAGAUAUAAUAUAUUGUUCGAAAAUGAAGCAUUUAUAUUAUGAACAUUCAUUUUUGAAAAAAAAUGAUAAUUCAAAUUGAAACUAUGUAUACAAUAAUAUAACAUGGCGCACAUAUAUACUUUUUAAUAUAUGACAUGAAAAAGAUAAGAGAUUCAAUGUUUGAGUACAAAAUCUUCCUUGAUUUUAUUGAAAUUUCACAAUUGUCGCAUUAUAUAAAUAGUACACACUAGUAGUACAUACACACCGUCACAUAAUAAAAAAUAAAUCACUUUCUAAAUUAAAAUUUAAUUUAUUCAUUCCCUUUGCAGCUCCAAAUAUACAUGUUUACCAUGUAUAUAUAUACAGUGUUCCAGCUAGGAUUUAAAAAGGGCAGGUUACUGACCAAAAAAAAGGGCAUUUUUACGCGGUUUCAGAUUUUUAGGGCAUAUUUACAUGUUGCAUACAUUUAAACAGUAUAAUACAAGGUGAUAACAAUUUGCAUUCAUUGUUUCUUAAAUGGUUCUAGUAAUAAUGUAUUGGGGCAUCCAGUAAACAUAUUGUUUUUUUUUUUUUUAGGUGUAAUCAUUAAAUGUCUGUACAAUAUUGGAAACAAAUUCAAAAGAACCUUUCUUUUAUGAAUUUAAAUUGCUAAAACUCAUGGGUCAACUAGAUGCUAAAGUAUAUAAAAUAUGCUUUCCUUCUCCAGAUUUGUCUUCCACUUUAAUAAUUAUGUUUGUAAAGUCCAUUCAGCCUCAUUUCAAGAAUGAUCUACCAGUUAAUUAAUAAUUGUAUCUUUUUUGUAACCAUUAAAAUUUCAUCAUUGUUUUCUUUCAGAAUUCAGUUCUGCCCAUGAGCUUGAAUUGAAUUUACAGACUUAAUAUACAUUAAUGAGAAACAAAAGUAUAACAAUAAAAUUAAAUUUAUUAACAGUGCAUCAAUGAAAACAUUACCUUACAACAAUAUUUUAAUCAACUCUUUCUCUAUUGAAUCAAUAUAUUGCACUCUCUCUGACCAGUAAAAGAUUAAAGCACUAGUCUACAAGACUACACAAACACACACCUCUUGGAAUAUUUUAAUCAACUCUUUCUCUAUUGAAUCAAUAUAAUUAAAGCACUAGUCUACAGAUAUAAGAUCUUUCACUUCAACAACAUGCUUUCACAUUAUCAAUCUCACAGCUCUCCAAGACUACACAAACACACACCUCUUAGAAUAAGUUAAGUAAUUUACAUUCAAACAAAAUAUGACAUAUUUACUUUGUAACAAAUUCAAAAGAAAGCUCAAUACAUAAAUAUAAUACAUAUGUUUAUAUAGGCCUUAAAAAACUACUUGUCUAAAACUGCUCUGUAACAUGGCAGACAAAAUGAAAAUAACGAAAUAGAGUGGUGAGACUUUACCUUUAUAUACUUUUUACUCAAUCAACCACCAUACAUAGUACACUGUAUACAGACUUUUGUAUGCUAGGUCUUCCUUUAAAAUAAAUUUACUGAAUAGAAAUAAAAGGGCACACCAAAAGUGUGAAAAUAUGAAAUAGUUAUAUAAUUAUUGUUAGUUAAAACCAACAACAAGCAACAUGUAUUUCUAAUUUAAAGUCAUAUAUAUGAUUACAUGUACAUCAUGUUGUUCUACUCUAAAGCUUGUAUAUAUAUAUGUAUGCUACUCAAAAUGUAAAUUGUAUGAAAUUUACACAAAACAUAUAUAACUUGUAUACACUAUGUACUUCAAUACACAAAGUCAGAAAUUGUGCAGAAUAUUCCUUUUAAUACAAUAUAUAUAUAUGCUGGUAGUUUUAAAUGUCAUAUGCCUUCAUAAGUAAAAAGUAGUCUCAAUAACAUCCAAUAUAUUUUAAUAAUGAUCAUGAGCUAGUACUGCAUUGUAGAAAUGUCAAAUAAAAUUCACAGAUUGAUAUAA